ACUCAGGUAUUUAGAUCACUGGUAGCGUUGUACCUGCUACUUGGUCAACGCAUCUCGUGCAUCCAUCUUACCGUUUGAAUUCAGGCGAAGGCAUCCAUCUAGGUUGUUACAAGCGAGCUCCUGAGUGUGUGAAGGUCCUUCGGGCAGUCGGUCCUUCAGAAGUUUUGAAACUCUCGUCGCGCGCCGCGAUGGCGACGCCGUCCUCCUCCUCCCGUUCGUCGCUCCUCCUGGCGAUUCUCGUCGUCGCUGUGAUCGUUCUCGCGUCCGCCUCUAGCGCGUACGCACAGUACUCGGGCAAGUUCGCCGUCCGCGCCAUAGAGAACGCGCUGCGGAAGAAGCGGCUCACGACGGCGAUCACAUACUUGAGGAAAAGCGGUUUCAACAACACUCUUGCGGAGAAGCUGCCCAAGGACAAGAUGACGUUUCUGGUGCCGAUCAACAGCGCGUGGAACAAGAUGAGCAGCUGGGCGCGCGGGCAGGUCCGAGCCAACAACACUAAACUCUGGCAGAUCUUCGCGUAUCACCUCGUUGCGGAGCGCUACACCAAAGUGCAACUCGCUUGGUACCCGCCUGGCACACAGUUACCUACCGGGAUGAAGAAGCAAUUUAUCCGCCGCCUGCCCACAAAGGACCCACAGUAUGCCAAACCCGGGCAACAUCGCGGGGCUUACAUUGAAAUGGGGGAGAUUUUUCAAGACGGCCAUGUGAUUGUGCAUGGGGUCAACAAUGUCAUUGUUCCUGAUUUCAAUUGAUGGUAUAGAAUUAAGUUUAGGUGAUCUGCACCUUAUAAGUGGUGGGAAUGGUUCUGUAACUCAACAUUAGCCUUGCAUGCAUGUUGUAUUGGACGUAGAUAUGAGUUGUGCCUUGUAUGCUUAAGUUGUAUCGUAUGAGUGUAUAAAAUAAAACAGAAUCU